CGGCAAAGACAACGAACGACACCCUUACGAGGACCUCCGAGCCCAAGUUGGUUGUUUGGCUUCGCCAAGACAGCGAAUUCCACCGCUAUCAUCGCUCCACUGUACGAAAAUUGGGCCAGAGAAUACGGUCCAGUGUACAAGGUCCCGCACGUUAUGGGACAGUCCAGGGUCAUAUUAUGGGACCCGAGCGCGAUUGCUCAUUUAUUCUCAAAAGAUACCUGGUUGUAUAACCAAACACCGUUUAACAAGAUUGGCAUUCGAACGACGCUUGGAAGAGGAGUGUUGUGGGCCGAUGGUGAAAGCCACAAAAGGCAGCGCAAGGUUCUCAACCCUGCAUUUAGCGCAGGUGCUAUUCGCAGAUUGACGUCUAUUUUCCAAGAUGCCGCUCACAAGACAAUAAUCGCUUGGGACGGUGAAAUGGCAUCGAACCAAGGAACUCAUUGCGCUAUAAUUGAUGCUGAACGAUGGUAUUUACUCGACAGUGCGGGCAUAGGCGUCUUGUCCCAUGACUUUGGCGCCCUCGAUGGAAAUGACUCCGAGGUCGUGAACGUCCUGAAUGCAUUUAGUUCAUCUGCCAGUAUUUCCUUCAACUUGGUCGCCCUGGCACAAAAGUUUCCUUCCAUCCUGAAGCUCCCAUUACCUCGCAUGCAGUUCUCUCAGAGACUCAACUUUCUACUUGGCAAAAUAUGUCAGGAGAUGAUAUCGCGGACCCGCAAGGAAAAAGAGGCUGGCGGCGCCGAGCAAGGUGACAAAUCAUGUUUGGGUUUGCUCUUGAAAGCGGAGAGAUCUGGUGAGAGCGCAGGACUGUCUCCACAAGAGGUGCUGGAUGAGGCAAAGGUUGUACUUGUUGCCGGCUUUGAGACCACUGCAGUGUCUCAACCUUCACAGUGGGCUUUGAUAGAACUUGCGAGGAAUCAGGACAUCCAGACGAAGCUUCGCAACGAAUGUCUAGAAUUCGGGUCAACCCCCUCAUAUGAUGACUUCAUGAACAAGCUUCCCUACUUAGAUGCUGUAGUGAAUGAAGUUCUUCGCCUUCACGCGCCAAUCAAGGAAAUCCCACGAUCGGUUACGAAAGAAGACGUGAUUCCGCUAUGCGAACCCUUGUACACGGCUGCCGGUGACUAUACUGACAGCGUAUGCAUUCCGAAAGGGACAGUGAUCGUGGUCCCGCUCGCCGCAAUCAAUUGCUCAGUCAGAAUGUGGGGCCCCGACGCAAAGGCGUUCAAGCCUUCCCGGUGGAUCGAUGAAGACGAGAGCAAGCGUGGUGCUACAGAAUUGCUGCAUGGCUAUCGCCAUAUGACGACCUUUGGCGAUGGUGCGCGGAUGUGCCUGGGAAGGCUAUUUGCGUUAACAGAGUUUAAGGCCGUGCUGUUCGACCUUGUGCGAGAAAUCGUGUUUGAGAUGGUGGAGGGCCCUGAAGUGAAGGUUGUGGAGAGUUUGGGGACUUUUCCAAGACCGAAGGUGGUUGGGAGUGGUGAGGCUGGAGAUGUGCCCCUCCGGGUGCGCCGUUAUGAGGUUUGAUUUCGGUCCGCAGCUACGUAAUACUAAUGUCAACGUUCUGCACGGAGCGCUAACGUCAAAUCGUCGAUCUUGGAUAACCAUAUGUAAUAGUAUCGUACUAGAUGCCUGCUAGAGUUCACGCAUUUUUUGGGCACCGCUAUGAAUGCAAUUCGGCUGCUUGUAUCUUCCGAACACCA